ACACUGCAAAAAUUAAUUUAAUGUAAUGGUAAUGUAUCGAGUGACGGCAAUCUGAGGAAUAUCACAUUAUGCUAGCAGGAACUAUGAUGUAUACUUAUAUUGAAUGUUUUUAAACUUAAAGCGAAGAAAUGAGUGGGUAUUUAUGCCAAGUCAAAACCCAAAAGGUGACGCUUUCCACUUUGACGUAUUGGCAUAAAGACGUCCAGCCACGCUUCAGCAAAUUCACACAAAUGUGAUUGUUUAGUUGCUCGACGCUUCUAUACCGAGACACGCUAUUAAAGAAAAGACCAGGUAUAUAAAGGAAGAUACUUUAUUUGUGACAAUUAGCAUUUAGACAAUGAGAUAUACAUAUAUUUAAAACACAAGAGGGACCGCUGAGGAUUGGUUGUCGUCAUGUCAACGACAUCCCAAAAGGCUAAUGUGACGUCAGUUCACACCCGUGACCACCACCUAAGAUGAGUAAUGAUUUGGCGUAUUUGUGUAUAGAUCGGUUGUCCUACCCACACAUUUGCUUCCUUGAACUGACCAGGCAACAUUGCUAACUAGGAUCAAGGAUAAGGACGUAUAACAGAAUGGCACUGAAAGACAACAAGGCAGUUGUGAACAUACAGGGAGAUUCUGAAAAUGAUCUCGAAGCGUUAUUUCGCGUCAUUCGACCUAGUGAGACGGCUGGAUUGAAGAAAGAACCCGUUUUGCCGAUGCGUAUGAGAAAACUCCCACCAUCGUUCUUUACUCCUGGGUCAGGAGAUAUAGAAGGAAGACAAGAUGUGAAAGCUGCGCCACAGAUUAAUCCAGCAACAGGUCUCGCCAUUGCUCAUUCAAGGGCCCAUUCAUCGCCUGCUUCGCUCACCGUUCCUAAAUCAAGCAAGAAAGCUGUUAAUAACGCUAUGCAAAAUUUACACAUGCGAUCUCAAUCUUACGAUGCGAGUGAAUCGAAUCAUGAUGUCGUUGGUCCUUUGCCGCCAGGAUGGGAAGUCGCACACACACACAGCGGACUAAAAUAUUUUAUGAAUCAUAUUGAACAAUCUACAACUUGGGAAGACCCAAGGAAGACACGAUCAACAUCAAAUCUUAGUUCCAACCAACAAGCAUUACCUGAAGGUUGGCAGCAAGCGGUCACUCCUGGUAGAGAGGUCUAUUUUAUCAACCAUUUAAAUCGAACAACAAGUUGGGCCGACCCUCGUCUAUCGAAUAUGAACACAGGUCAGAACCGCACCGCAGGUCCUCCUCCGCCAGCACCGCAAACACCACACAAUAACGGCAUUGAACGGCAUCAGACGCAGCUACACCGACUGCAAAUGGAGAAAGAGAUGUUACAACGAAGACAACAACAAUUACUACAACAAGAAAUUGUAAUUAAGCGUGGUUUGCUCACGAAAGAAGAUGACAGUAGUUCAAUGUUAAUGAAUUUAAGUCGGGAAGCUUUCAUGGGUAUACCAAACAACGAACCACAACCGCAACCCGCUCUUACAAGUCGGCAUAUCAGAGAAGAGUCGGCAGAUUCUGGUCUUGGCUUGGGGAAUUUUUAUUCUGGCUCCGAUCUCGAUGUCGUGAAUGGCAACUUCGAUGAAGGUCUUCCUGACAACUUUGGAUCGAAAGAGAACCUUCAAAACAACAACAAUAACCUGCGACCAGGUCAACUACCAGACUGUUUUGAUCUUAUGCCAAGUAGUAACGUUGAUGUAGGUUUAAUGGACGGUACUGACUCAGUUAUAGGUAUGGACACUGAUGAUCUCGGAGUUGGGCUUGAUCAAAUAAAUUCAGACUUAAUGUUAAGCGAUGUUGAGGCCGCUCUUGGACCUCCUAACAAAAUCGAUAGUUUUUUAAAUAAUUUAAAUUGGGUGUAACAUUUUAGUUUCCCACACUACUUCUGAUUGACAGCAAAUAUAGUGUCUUCACGUCACGUUAAUGGUCGAAAGACAUUUCGGAUUCAAUGUAGAACGAAAUAUUUUCGUGAUCUUUGAGCUUUAGAUAGACAAAAUAUGAAUAUCCGUUAAGUGGGCGACUUUAAUUGAAUUCAUUCGGUUCUCACAAUUAUUUUAAGUGAAAACUUGCCAAAUUAAGUAUACAACACAGACGAACAAGCAAAAUACGUUUGAAUAUGAUAUAAUAAGUCCUAAACUCAGGGAUUCUGACAGAGCAAUUCAGUAUUGUGUUAUAGCUCGUGCCGCUUGACUGCAUAUCACAUUACUUAAAGUUCUGCCUUGUUCAAACAAGAUGUCGCUUCGAGCAGGAAGGAAACUUAAAACCGAUUUGUCUUUAACAAACGUUUUAUUUGAGGUUGACUUUUUCAAUAUUUCUAGUUCGAAGUUAAUUAAAGCCGCACCCAUAAUAGAAUAAACUUGCUUGUAUUGUCUGAGACAAUGGCAAUUGAUAUUAAAUGCUCAUAUAUUAAACGCUCGUACCUUACGGCAGUGUGAGAACCAACGAGUGGUUUCAAAAGAACAGCAUCAACGCGUCGGCUCAAUUGAUAUUCAUAUUAUAGUUUAUAUAGUUUUCUAUCACGCAGUGUGCAUGGCAUUAUAUUUUAGGGAUGAAACAUAGUCUAUAUUUUUUUAAUCAUUUAUACAUUUCACAGAUGAAUAUUUUUAAUGAUAGAGAGCUCUAAUGGAUAAUGCAAGGUGUACAUAUAUAUAUUGGUUACGACUUACGACCAUUCUUUUAACAUAGUCUUUCUAGUGAAUUGUAUAGAGAUGCGUGUACAUUUGGCUCAAAUCAAGUGAAUAAUGCAGAAUCUGUUGAAAGCACUAAACACUCAACUAAACAUAUCAAUUUACGAUGCUGGUCUUUGUAAAUAGUUUUUAUUCGUAAAAUGAACUAUUUUUAUGCAUUAAACAAUAUCACUUCUCUAAAAUCUAAAUCAGUUGUAU